AUGGAUCCAUUCUCUGCUGAGGGCGAGCUGCUCAACUUGCACAACUUCUUCCACCAAGGUCAAUUUCAGGAAGCCAUCAAUUUCGACACUGCUGGCCUCUCCGCCGAGAACAAACUCCCCGCUCGCAUCAUCUCUCUCCGCGCCCAGAUUGCCCUCGGACAAGCUGAAAAUGUUAUUGCAGACGUGAAGGGUGAACAAGAGCCGGAGCUGGCAGCAGUAGGUGCGCUGGCAGAUUUUACGGCAGGCAACGAGGACACGGCAGUGAUAACAGCGAGGAAGUUAGCCAGCGAGGCUGGGGAUAACGCCACGGUGCAGGUUCUGGCUGGCACAGUAUUGCAGGCGGCAGGGGAAAGCGAAGAGGCACUGGCGUUGCUCUCUCAACAUGAAGGAAAUCUCGAAGCCGUUGCUCUGACGGUCCAGAUCUACCUCCAACAGAACCGCACGGAUUUAGCCAUCAAGGAGGUCCAGGCCGCAAAGAAGUGGGCACAAGAUAGUUUGCUUGUCAACCUGGCCGAAGCAUGGGUUGGCUUGCGUAUGGGCGGAGAGAAAUACCAACAGGCCUUCUACGUUUUCGAAGAACUUGCGCAAGCCCCGUCGACGACUUCAACGCAGAGUCUGGUUUCACAAGCUGUUGCGGAAAUCCACCUAGGGCGCUCGGAAGAAGCAGCCGCAGCUCUCAAGCAAGCUUUGGCGACAGACCCCAAGAACGCCGAGGCAAUCGCCAAUAGCAUCGUCCUCGAAGUCAUUGGUGGCAGCAAAAAUGUCACGAAGUUGAAAGCGCAAACCGCCGCCCCUGAACACAUGUUCCUCCAGGAUCUGGAAGAGAAAUCAUCCAUGUUCGACAAGGCAUCAACGAAAUACACGGCGAAAGUGGCUGCUGCAUAA